UUGAGACGUAAAAUAUAAGGAUUAUAAUAUAUUUAUGUUCGCAAUAUUCAUAUACCACGUAUAAGGGUUUAGGUUAUGAACAAGGAUGAAUACAAAACAAGAAGAAUAAGACCUUUAGAUCCGACUGUUGUAAAUAAAAUUGCUGCUGGUGAGGUUAUCGAGCGUCCAGAAAACGCUGUUAAGGAAUUAUUGGAAAAUGCUUUGGAUGCUGGAAGCACGUCGAUUGAGGUCUUGCUAAAAGAUGGUGGUUUAAAGUUGUUGCAAAUUUCAGACAACGGUUCAGGAAUUCAUUAUGAUGACUUACCUUACCUUUGUCAACGUUUUAGUACAUCGAAGUUAGAAAAGUUUGAAGACUUACAGCAAAUGCGAACAUUUGGCUUUCGGGGUGAGGCUUUGGCAAGUAUUAGUCAUGUUGCUAAAGUGACAAUUACAACGAAACGUGAAGGGGACGUGCAUGCUUGGAGAGCCUUUUAUGUCGAUGGUAAGCUAGCUCCUUUAUCCCCCUCUAAUAGUCCAGCUCCGCAACCUUGCGCCGGUAAACAAGGUACGGUGAUUACGGUUGAGGAUCUUUUCUACAAUGUACCUGGGAGGAAGGCUGCUUUGAAGCAUGGGAGUGAAGAAUAUCGCCGAGUUUUGAAUUUGGUACAGAAGUACGCCAUUCAUUCCAGGAUGGUAUCCUUUACUUGCAAAAAAGUAGGUGAAACCGUUGCGUCAGUGUCUCUAAGCUCUCGAUUAUCAACGAAGGAUAAGAUCCGUCAUGUCUACGGGACUCUUGCUGUAAAGCAUUUAAAGGUGUUAAAUAUUGCGGAAGGAGCUACCAAUGUAGAAAGUUUUCACGCAGAUGGUUUAAUUAGCAGCGCGGAUUAUGAAGAUAAAAAAAGCGUCUUUAUUUUGUUUAUUAAUAAUCGACUUGUGGAAUCAAUUGAGUUGAAAACUGCUAUUGACGAGACUUAUUCAAAGUUUCUGCAUAAAGGCGCAUCUUACUUUGUUUAUUUAUCUCUGGUAAUGAAGCCUGAACAAUUAGAUGUCAAUGUACACCCGUCUAAACGCAUAGUUCACUUUUUAUAUGAUCACGAAAUAUUCAGUGCUAUAAGUGAAAAGCUAGUGGAUCUUUUGCAAACUACGGAUGAACAACGCUCUUAUGCAAUGCAAACAACAAUUCCAAGUAUUACGAUGGUUAAAACUCCUGAGCUUCCUUCACAAAAAACUAAGAAAAUAUACGAAAACAACCUUGUACGUACAGACCCUAGAGAACGAAGUAUAAAAGCUAUGUUUUCAUCCUCCCAAAACGCAGCUACCUUUAAGUCUAAUAAGAAAUCUUCUCUGAGCGAGGACCUGGCUAAUGAAGAAACGCAAGUUGAGCCCUUGGCGAAUCCUACUCCUUCGCUUGAAGCAGGAUUAGAUGAAGAAGAAAAUGAAGUCUCCGAAGACAAAACUAUUGUCCCAUGCGAAUUAGAAAGUAUAAGACAGCUUCAAAAUGAAGUUCUGAACUCUAUGCAUUUAUUAGCUACUAACAUUCUUUCCGAGCACAAAUAUGUUGGGCUAGUAUGCCCGUACAAGAGGAUCGCAGCUGUUCAGCAUAAUAUUGGUUUAUAUCUUGUUGAUUAUGCAAAAUUAGCUUAUCAUUUGUUUUACCAAAUUUGUCUAACAGAAUUUGCAAAUUACGGGAAAAUAUGUAUGAAUCCUCCAAUUCCUCUCAAUAAGCUUUUUUUUGUUUCAUUUACCAAGGACGAACUUGAGCUUUCCGAGAAAACCAGAAAACUUUUGGUAGCUAGGCGGGAUAUGUUACAUGAGUAUUUUUCAAUUGAGAUAUCCACGGAAGGGUUCCUUAAUGCUAUGCCCUGUCUUAGCAAAAGUUAUAGGCCCUAUUUAACUAGGUUGCCAUUAUUUUUAAAGGAUAUCGCACCUGACAAGGUUGAUUGGUUGGAUGAACGGUCUUGUCUAGAUGGAAUCAUGAAAGCCUUGGCCAAAUUUUACGUCCCAGUAAGGUUGUCGCCAGAAAAUACUAGCUAUGAGGACAUAACAUAUAUGGAAAGGUUACUGGAAGAGUUUUUAUUCCCGGAAUUUCGCCGAAGGCUGAUUUGUCCAAAAGAGCUCUUUGAACAAAUGACUAUUUUUCAGGUGACCAGUUUGCCACGUUUGUAUACUGUUUUUGAACGUUGUUAACGUUCUAUGGUUUCAGACAUUUUGGCUUACUUCCUUUAAUGAUUAGAACAUCCACAUAUAGCAAUUUGAAAGAAUAGUCAAAGUUCCCUCUGAUACAAAUUGAAAGAGAGUCCGUUAAUAAGUUCUUGCUUGGUACUGCUGUAAUCUAAAGGACGCAGAGGCUUGAUUAUAUAGCAGCAUUUAAUGUUGGAGUUCAGAUACUAGGAAUUGUAAAACUGACGACUUACAAUAUAUAUUUUAAGAAAAAAUAAACCUUAUUAACUGAAA